UUAUUUUUCUGUCGGAAAAAAAACCAUUCGAAAUGUGUCACAUCAGUUUCAAAUAUAGAAUUUGUUUUAAACGUAUACUCCUAUUUUUUUAAGAAACGAGGUGUUCUGUGGUUUUGCCACAUCCCACUGCGCUGGAAACGACGCGCCCUUUUUGCGUUUUUGAAACUUUGGGACAGCGGUGCGUUUUUACGCACGACGACGCGAUGAGUGUUAGGUGUUCCAGUAUUGACCUUCUAGCAUCGAUCUUCUUCUGUCUGCUUUUAAAUUGUGGGAACAACGCCUCGGCAUUCGAGGUGACCCUGCUUCACACCAACGACGUCCAUGCACGUAUUGAAGAGACCAGCAAGGAUUCAGGGAAGUGUCCAGUCGGGGGUCCGUGUUUCGGCGGUGUUGCCCGGAGAUUUACUAAAGUGUCGGAGAUACGCAAAAAGGACAAAAAUGUCUUGUUUCUGGAUGCUGGAGAUCAGUUUCAGGGAACUGUCUGGUUCAACUUCUACAAAGGGGCAGAAGCGGCAUACUUUAUGAACAAACUUGGUUAUGAUGUGAUGGCUUUUGGAAACCACGAGUUUGACAAUGGAGUGCAAGGUUUGAUCCAGCCCUUCCUUCAGAGCGUAAAUUGCUCCAUUGUCAGUGCCAACAUCAAACCUGACCGAACGCUGGCAGAGCAACUCUUAGGCUACUAUCAGCCCUACACCAUCAUCAGUGUAGGUCCUGAGAAAAUUGCAGUGAUUGGCUACACCACUGCCGAAACCCCCUUCUUGUCUGUCCCAGGUCCUCAUCUGAAGUUUUUGGAUGAGGUGGAAGCGCUUCAAUUGCAAGUAAACAAGCUGGAGACUCUAGGCGUUAAUAAGAUCAUUGCCCUGGGACACUCUGGUUUUGAAGUGGAUCGAGACAUCGCCAAGCGCGUGAGAGGUGUUGAUGUUGUGAUUGGAGGACAUACCAACACAUUCCUCUACACUGGAACACCUCCAUCCACUGAGAUUCCCGCAGGUCUAUAUCCUACUAUGGUGCUGUCUGACGAUGGAAAAAAAGUGCCAGUGGUUCAGGCAUAUGCCUUUGGGAAAUAUCUUGGAUACCUAAAAAUCACCUUUGAUGAGGCUGGGAAUGUUGUAAAUGCUGUUGGAAACCCCAUUUUAUUGGACAAUAGCAUACCUCAAGACCAAGGGAUUCUUGCUGACGUUGAGAAGUGGAAGAGAAACCUGACUCAUUACUCAUCACAAUAUGUCGGGCAGACUUUAGUCUACCUCAACGGAACUUUUGAAGAGUGCCGAUUUAGGGAGUGCAACCUUGGAAACCUGAUCUGUGAUGCUAUGAUAUAUCACAACAUAAAGUAUCCGGACGAGCUGCAGUGGAAUCAUGUGGGCAUGUGUAUGCUGAAUAGUGGGGCUAUACGAACUGCAAUAGAUGAACGCUACAAAAAUGGUACCAUCACAAUGGAGGAGAUCCUCACUGUCCUACCAUUUGGAGGAACCUUUGACUUGGUACAGAUGAAAGGAUCAACUGUGAAAAAAGCUUUUGAGCACUCUGUCCAUAGAUAUGGAAGUAUGUCUGGAGAGUUUCUUCAAGUCUCGGGUAUUCAUGUAGAGUACGACCUCUCCAAGCCAGCAAAUCAGCGUGUCAUUUCGAUCUCGAUGCUCUGCACUGAGUGUCGAGUGCCCAAAUACGAACCCCUGGACCUGCAGAGGACGUACACUGUGGUCAUGCCUUCGUACAUGGUGGAUGGAGGUGAUGGCUUUAAAAUGAUCAAGGAGGAGCUACUGAAGCAUAACACAGGUGAUAUGGACAUCUCUGUCUUUUCCAACUAUAUCUUGGAGAGGAAGCGUGUGUACCCGGCUGUGGAAGGCCGAAUCAGAUUCAGGAGCUCAGCUGUCUUUCUAACCUGCGGCCUCAACUUGCUGCUAGUGAGUCUCUGGAUCUCACUGAUCCUAUGAAUUGCUUUUUUCCACAGGGAUAUUAUUACAAACGGAAAGGUUUAAAAUUUUCUUCAGGAGAUAGGUCACUGCCUUUCUUAUUUACCAUUUCUAAGGAAUGCUUGAAGACAAACCAACUGAGAAGUUAGCCUCUUGGUAAAAAAAAAAGUUGAGGUAUAUUUCAUUAUGUUUAUGCAUUUAGCAGAUUCUUUUAUCCAAAGCGACUUACAAAGUAGGGGCGCUCUGAGAGUUUAACUGGGGACCUCUUUAUCUGCAGUUAAAUAUUGUACCACUGAGCUAUCCCCUC